CUAUCCGGGUACUCUGAGCGGCUCUUCCUUUCGCGCCGGUAGCUGGGGAACAGCGCGUCCAUGUGCGCAUUGAACGGGACUGCAUAGUUCACAGAAUCAACCGAAACCGAGCCACGCCACAGCCCAGAUAUGGAUCCCAACUCUCUUAUCGAAGCCCUUCGGGGAACCAUGGACCCGAACCUGCGGGAAGCCGCAGAGAGGCAACUGAACGAGGGUCACAGCCAAGUGAACUUUGUCUCCACGCUGCUGCAGGUGACCAUGUCUGAUAAUCUUGACCUCCCUGUCCGACAAGCAGGUGUGAUCUACCUGAAGAACAUGGUCACCCAGUACUGGAGCGAAGGGGACCCUGCAGGUGGAGAGAAUGCUGCCACCAACAUCCCAGAGGAGGACAGGCAGUUCAUCCGAGACACCAUUGUGGAGGCCAUCAUCCACUCCCCUGAGCGCAUCAGAGUUCAGCUUACAACAUGCAUUCAUCACAUGAUCAAGCACGAUUACCCUGGCAAGUGGACGGCUAUUGUGGACAAGAUUGGAUUUUAUUUGCACUCUGACGACAGCACUGGCUGGCUGGGCAUCCUGCUGUGCCUCUACCAGCUUGUUAAGAACUACGAGUACAAAAAGCCGGAAGAGCGCAGCCCAUUGGUGGCCGCUAUGCAGAUCUUCAUGCCCAUGUUGAAGGACCGCUUCAUUCAGCUUCUGCCAAAUCCCUCUAGCGACUCUGUUCUUGUGCAGAAGCAGAUUUUCAAGAUCCUCUAUGCACUCUUUCAGUACAACCUGCCAUUGGAGCUGAUUAAUCGGCAGAACUUGGCUGAGUGGAUGGAGAUUCUGAAGACUGUAGUAGACAGGGAUGUUCCUCAGGAGACACUGCAGGUGGACGAGGAUGAUCGGCCAGAGCUACCCUGGUGGAAGUGUAAGAAGUGGGCUCUUCAUAUUCUUGCCCGUCUGUUUGAAAGGUAUGGCAGCCCAGGAAACACCACCAAAGAGUACACGGAGUUCGCUGAGCUCUUCCUCAAGGGCUAUGCAGUUUCUGCUCAACAGGUGCUGUUAAAGGUCUUGUAUCAGUACAAAGAAAAGCAAUACGUAGCUCCCAGGGUCCUGCAGCAGACGCUCAACUACAUAAACCAGGGAAUCGGACAUGCAGUCACCUGGAAGAACCUCAAACCCCACAUCCAGGGGAUCAUUCAGGACGUGGUUUUCCCCCUAAUGUGCUACACAGAUAGUGAUGAGGAGCUGUGGCAGGAAGACCCAUAUGAGUACAUUCGCAUGAAAUUUGAUGUCUUUGAGGAUUUCAUCUCCCCCACGAUUGCUGCACAAACCUUACUAUUCACAUCAUGCAACAAGAGGAAAGAAGUCCUGCAGAAGACCAUGGGCUUCUGCUAUCAAAUCCUCACGGAACCUGGUGCCGACCCACGGAAGAAAGAUGGCGCUUUGCACAUGAUUGGUUCGCUGGCUGAAAUUCUGCUCAAGAAAAAGAUUUACAAGGACCAGAUGGAGUUUAUGUUGCAGAAUCACGUCUUUCCAUUGUUUCACAGCGAGCUGGGUUACAUGAGAGCGAGGGCAUGCUGGGUCUUGCACUACUUUUGUGAAGUCAAGUUCAAGAAUGAUCAGAACCUGCAGACAGCCCUGGAUCUGACUCGCAUGCGUCUGAUCAAUGACAAUGAGAUGCCUGUCAAAGUGGAAGCUGCCAUUGCUCUUCAGGUGCUCAUUAGCAACCAGGAGAAAGCAAAGGAAUACAUCACUCCCUACAUCCGGCCAGUGAUGCAGGCACUCCUCCACAUCGUACGAGAGACGGAGAAUGAUGACCUCACUAAUGUCAUACAGAAGAUGAUCUGCGAGUACAGUGAGGAAGUCACGCCCAUAGCUGUAGAGAUGACCCAACACCUGGCCAUGACCUUUAACCAGGUCAUCCAGACGGGUCCUGAUGAGGAGGGUGGUGAUGACAAGGCGGUCACAGCCAUGGGUAUCCUUAACACAAUUGACACCUUACUCAAUGUUGUGGAGGACCACAAAGAGAUCACGCAACAGCUGGAGGGUAUCUGUCUUCAGGUGAUAGGAACGGUUCUUCAGCAGCAUGUCUUGGAGUUCUACGAGGAGAUCCUUUCUCUGGCCCACAGUCUAACUUGCCACCAAGUGUCCCCACAAAUGUGGCAGCUACUGCCAUUGGUCUACGAGGUCUUCCAGCAAGAUGGCUUUGAUUAUUUCACAGACAUGAUGCCUCUCCUGCACAACUAUGUUACUGUUGACACGGACACUCUGUUGUCUGAUACCAAAUACCUUGAAAUGAUCUACAGCAUGUGCAAGAAGAUUCUGACAGGGGAUCCAGGGGAAGACCCAGAGUGCCAUGCAGCUAAGCUGCUGGAGGUCAUUAUCCUGCAAUGUAAAGGGCGUGGCAUUGACCAGGUCGUGCCCCUCUUUGUGGCUGCUGCCCUGGAGAGGUUAACGCGAGAAGUCAAGACCAGCGAGUUGAGAACCAUGUGCCUCCAGGUAGCCAUUGCUGCCUUGUACUACAACCCUCCUCUGCUGCUCAACACACUGGAAAAUCUGCGCUUCCCCAACAACACUGAACCCAUUACCAACCACUUCAUCUCUCAGUGGCUCAAAGAUGUUGACUGCUUCCUCGGACUUCACGACAGAAAAAUGUGCGUGCUGGGCCUGUGCGCCCUCAUAGAUAUGGAACAGAGGCCACAGGCUGUCAACCAAGUGGCUGGUCAGCUGCUACCAGCUGCCAUCCUGCUCUUUAAUGGCCUCAAGAGAGCGUAUGCCUGCCGGGCUGAGCAUGAGAAUGAAGAGGAUGAUGAAGAGGAUGAUGGAGAGGAAGAUGAGGAAAAUGUGGAGUUGGGAAGUGAUGAGGAUGACAUUGAUGAAGAAGGCCAGGAGUAUCUGGAGAUGUUGGCGAAGCAGGCAGGUGAGGAUGGAGAUGAUGAGGACUGGGAGGAGGAUGAUGCUGAGGAGACGGCACUGGAGGGGUACGGCACUGCUGUGGAUGAUGAAGACAACUUAGUGGAUGAGUACCAGAUCUUCAAAGUUGUUCUCCAAAAUAUCCAGACUCGUGACCCUGCAUGGUACCAGGCAUUGACGCAGAACUUAGACGAGGAGCAAGCAAAACAUCUUCAAGACAUUGCCACGCUUGCAGACCAGAGGCGGGCUGCACAUGAGUCAAAAAUGAUUGAGAAGCAUGGUGGAUACAAGUUCACAUCUCCAGUGGUGCCAACCAACUUCAACUUUGGAGGCAGUGCUCCAGGAAUGAAUUGAGUCCUCCUUUCCUUUUCUUACUCUGUGACUGAUUGUAGUGAAGUGACAAAGCUUGUGUUGUUCCCUCAAGUAGUGGUUUCAGAACUGGUUCUUCUCACUCAUUCUUCAAUUUGACUGUAUUAACUUGGACAUAGCACCAGAAGAUGUGAGAAGGCAACCAAAUGCAACCAAUGGCUGGGAAAACUAACCAAGAACUUGAUCAUGAAGCAAGAAUGAAAUCAAAAAAGCGCCGAACGUUGUCUAAUGGAGUCCAAAGUUGGGAUAAGAUACCAUGACAGCAGCUCUUUUCACACAAAAUGGGGACAACAGAAUUCCAAAUUGAAAGUACAAUUUAAUGUUACAUCAGUCUCAUGGUAUAUGCUAGAAUGGCACCCUUAAAAUUUAUACCUGUGGAAGUGGUGUUUGUCUAUGUUAAUGCAUUAACAAAUGCCUAAGAUUUUGUAAAUAAGCCGAGGCUAGGUUGUAGCCUGGCUUGAACUCCCUUCGGAAGGUAUAAGCGAGUGUAUUCAUAUGUAGCAUAUUGGAUACUUCAUAGCACUACGUGGUGCCUGAUAUCUGUAAAUUUGACUAGCACUUUCAUAUUGUUCAGCUCUCCCAGCCUUGUUUCAGACUGCAGAUUUAUAAGAAUCAUUUGAGACUAUUUAAAAAAAAAAAAAAACAAAUAAAUAAAUAAAUAAAAUGGCUGUAACAUUGUUACUCUGCCAGCAGCCUCUGGGUAUGGCUAAUUGUUACAUGUAAUUGGUUAACUGUGUCAAGUAGUUAAGUGACAUUUUUAUGCUAAAAUGGCAACACUCUGGGAUUCUGAAAAAAUGCUCUUUGUGUUCAGUUUGGAUACAAGAUCAGUUGGUUCAGUACUUCAUUGAAGCAUGUACAAUUGGACUAUCAUGGAGCCCUAGCAUUUGGUUGAUGUAUGGAUAAACCAUCUAUAUAUACAACAAUAUAUUAAAGAAAAGUUGGGAUACAAGUGAUGGGAGUGUUAACUUGUGCAGUGCAACAUGUACAAAGCGGUAAGUUUGACAGCUGCACAUUUGGAUGGGUAUGCAAAGGGGAGGAAGGUGGUAUUUGUAACCAGUUGAUGCUCAAAAUAAAGACCUGGGAUUGUGUGUGUUAAAGGGG